GAGUGCUUGUGUGUAAAACCGACGACUGUGGCUGUGAUGGACUUGGACGAACUUGUCGAGCAAGGUUCACCUGGCUCUGCUUCAUCCACCGACAAAAAAUUGUCUCCACCUACAAAGGUUGACCAUACCACUUUGACAAUUUCUGCAAGAAUGAUUCUUGAUAUUAUGUUGGAGAAUCCUCAGAUUCCUAAAGCUGUUUAUCAGAGAAGGAUGUACAGCGCUGGUGCCUCUCCAUCACAAAUGGUGAUUACAGGGGUCAAUCUGCCAACGAAGAGAUAGCAGAGGAUUCCGCUGCGAUGGAGGCUGUUAGAUACAUGGAACGCGCUACAGGUAUUGUUGUGAAGGACCUAAAUUAUGGACGACUAGAGAAAAUGCAACAAGAGAAUGGUUUUCGAAAGCUUCAACUGGAUGAAGCUUUUGACAUGAUCAACAAGCUAGUCAGACUUUGUAUGCUUGCUGUUAGAUACAUGUCCUCCUUCUCAAACCAGCUCCAAAAUAUCAUGGUAAUUGGCUUUCCUCCCACACGUCUUGGCAAUGGGCAUUUCUACACACUUCCGACCAGAGCCCUCUAGGGUUUCCUUUCGCCGCCAUGCGCGGCUGCGAGCGAUGCAGGCUGUACGAGAAGCACCUCACGGAGGUACACGGUCACACAAAGACCACGACCUCGGCAUCCACCUCGCGAAACUCGACCGCCACCAGAUCCGCAAGAAAUGAACACACCGGCACCGGCAACACGCUCCGAUCGCGCCGGUCGCACUCAACGACGCCGUCAACCAUCAGACCGAAGAGAAUGAGCAGCAAGAGUGCAUCAUCCGCGGUCCUGUUUGGAUGGCUACCAAAGGCUACCCUUCCAAAAUUCUCGUUGUUCACCAAAGCGUGGGCAACCGUUUCGAAGAGCCAGACAUCAAGUACUAUGUGUGCACAAUCAACAGAACAUUUGCCAAGCCAAGCCAGCGCAUGUAUUUUCAGGUACACUAUACUGAAGAGAACUUGCUGGACUACAUUGAUCCAAACAAUGAUACACUCAUGUCAGACUUGCAAAUGGACGUCUUCUCGCCGAAUGUCGCAUCAUGCUAGGAACUGACAAAAGGGCCACUAUAACCACCAACUGGUCUGAGUUUUGUCGCGGGGCCAACAUUCACGAAGGAGACAUCUAUGCUUUUCAUUUCAGGAUCACUUCAAAGCGCUGCCUGGUUCUCACUGUGCACCGCCUCUAGAUGCACCAUCGAAGACACCGCAACCCCUGUGUCAAUAUAAUCGAGCACCAAGUACUCCUAAUUAUGCUCUAUCCCAGGAUGAAUCUGUGGUUUGCUUUUGGGCCCUCUUAUCGCAUGCUUUUGAAGAUGCUAAACUUAUGUCGUUGCUUAUGUAAACUGCACUAUUCUCAGUCACAUGGUUCAUGUUCAGAUCCAUAAUGGGGCUUAUAUAUUAGGAUCACCCAGAAUGCAGAAUAAGUUAUUCUUCACCCGAGGUAAUCUUACGAUCACUUCAUAAAUAAAUUACAUUUGAAAUACAAAUAAUUACAUUCAUAUUGACUCACUAUGUAAAAUUUGUUUGGAAUACAAAUAGUUACAUUCAUA